UUCCGUACUACAAAUUAUACACCUAAUCAAACCAAAUACACUAUUUCGACGAGUCGCUUUAGUUACUCUUACUAUGCGGUUCGGUGAUUGCAAGUUAUACUAGUGCAUUUAACCCAAAUUUGCUUUUGUUUGUCAAUUAUCACCUGAAGUAUUGGUUCUAUACAAAAUGGCCACCUCAACCCCUUCAGAAGAAGCUAACGUGACGAAGAUAGAAGCCGGAUCGCUAGAACUGGAAGCUAGACUGCCAAACGAUGAAGAAAAGGCUGAACUUGACAAGAUUAAAGACAAGUACAAGAAGCCGGCGGCGGGUACGUUCUACCUUAUAUACGUAGUAUUAAACACGGUAAUGUUGUGCGUGGGAAUAAUCACCGCCCAAGACUGUCCCAUUAACCCAAAGAUACCAAUUUAUCUAGCCGUCGCGGGCGCGGUAGGAAUUGUGUCCAAGUUACUUCCGUUUAUUAACUACAAAUUGCAAUUGAACGUACUGCAAUGGAUCGCGUAUCUGUUGUACGUCUUUGAAUUCGCUUGGAUGAUAGCGGGUUCCGUCUGGAUAUACAGCAUAUAUCAACCGAACUACCAUCCCAGCGAAGGACCUCAUUGUGAUAAAACCGCGUACCUUCUGGCAUUUUGGUUACUCACCAUAAAUUAUAUUUACAUCGGACUCACGAUUCUCUUUACGUGCUGCAUACUUGGUUGCUUACUUGUGUGCGUGGCCAAAUUUAUAAACUUUUGUAAAUCCAUUGAGGAUUAGCAGACAAAUACAAUAAUUAUACAGUGUAUUUUGGCCUGCAGGAGUCGGCAACCCGUGGCGGGAACCUGAACCAUUUUAUGUUUAUGAUAUUUUUGAGCUUUAGAGGACACGCUGUAUACUUAAAAAUAUACAACGAUAACGAUAUUUUGUACACAUGAAACAUUAUUAUAUAAUGAAUAUAUAUACCGGGUGAUUCAUUAGAACUGAUGACAGUUUGAAUUUCCCACAAAACAAAAAUUUUUAAAGGUUGGUAAUAAUAGAUUAUCAUUUGCCUAAUUCCAGUGGUGUAUGUAGAAUCACUCUCCAAGGAGUAAUAAUUUAUUUUUAAUUUACAAAUAAGUCGUUAUUAUUUAAAUCGUUAUUAAAUCAAUCAGAAUAAUUACGUCGAUUCUCAUAAUCAAGAGCGUGCAGUUGCUGUAGAACAGAAACCCGGUACGGGUGUAUGUAUACGUAGA